ACUGCGUUCCUGGCGUUUUUUAGGCACUUUCGUUGUCGAACGACCGACAGCACUGACACAAGUUUUUCGCGUUUAUAGAGUUGAUAUUUUCCCGGUAAUAUUUACCCAACCAAGCACUGCCAGCGCCUUCCAUUGAGCCGGUUGCUACUCUCACACAUCCGGGGAACCGGCCGCCUGCGAGGAGAGCACACUGAGCCGUAUAUGCUGGUGCAGCACAGCCAGGACUAGGUCCAGAAGACGCCAUCGCAUUGCACCGGGUGGUGACUAGAAAGAGACAGCAAUAGCUAGAGCCAGCGGAAAGCAGGAGCGAGCGAGAGAGCAAUGUCGCGAAGCGUGCGGGCGGAGACGCGCAGCCGGGCCAAGGAUGACAUCAAGCGGGUCAUGCAGGCCGUGGACAAGGUGCGGCACUGGGAGAAGAAGUGGGUAACCAUCAGCGACACCACCAUGAAGAUCUACAAAUGGGUGCCCAUCGCCUGCACCAGCGAAAAGAAGUCGAAGCUGCAGCCGCUGAGCACGAAGCUGAGCGACAAAGAAAACUCGCAAAAGGGCACACCCACGCCCCCACAGAUCACGCCCAACUACGGCGGACUCACCGCCGAGGAUUCCAAUACCUGUUUCUCAGUGGUGUCCGAUAGCCAGGGAGCGGACUUUGUAUCCAGCAUGCCCUUCUCGGAGGACUCCAACUCGCAGGGCAGCGACGGGCCCGUGAAGCGUCUGAAAACGAGCGACUAGCCAAACAUUCACAGCCUCCAGAGCAGCAGCAGCCGCAGCAGGAGCAGCAGCAACAGUAGCAGCCAUUAGUCCUAGUGGAUAAACCGCCCCCUCCCUUCCCAGCCCCAUCCCGCGGUUAGGUUAAGUUCGUUAAUAAUCUGCCUCAGCCCAAGACUUAAGCAAACCUACUCCUAUUCUAUAAGUGUAAGUCCCAGCCCGCAUCAUGCUUUGUGUGGGCGGGGAAGCUCUACCGCCUACCGCUUAGGUCCUAGGUCCAUAGCAUUAUUUAUUAGCCACCUGCAUCCUUCAAUCGAGGCUUUCAAGCUUCCACUCCGACGCGUAUGUAUAAGCCCAAAAGUCUCAAAAAGUUCUUAGCUGUCAGUCUUUUAUGUGCUGCAUAAAGGGUAUGCCUGUGUACGCUUCUUUUUUUUUUACCACGUUCCCUAAAAUUGUAUGAAUAAAUGUUGUGCUUGUCAAUA